UCCAAGUGCCGGGAGAAGUCGCCGAUGUUACUUUUGCCUGGAGACUGGGCAUUUGGCGCGGGAUUGUUACCGGGGGAGUCGGCAAGUCAGAGCAGGCUGUGUUGUUGAUGGUGUUGUGGUAUGGGCUUCACCGAGUGAAGGGUGAAGGGCAUUGUGUUGAUGGUAUCACUGAUGAUGUGAUGAUGAUGAGGAAGGGGAUUGGCACGCCAUGUUGCGAUGGAUGAUGGUGAACCCUCUCUGUGUGUGUGUGUGCGCCAGUUGGGCCUGACCAUUGUGGGGCUAGUGUUGUGCCUUGUGUCUGCGGAGGAGAGGGAGUUCCGUGGCGACUGUUCCUCGUCCAAGGCGGCGGACUCCCGUCUGCUGCUGCUGCUUCCUUUGUAGUAGCGGCGGCGGUGGCCGGCGUUCUCUCGGGGGGUUGGUGUGUGUGCCAGCUUACCGCGUGACACAGUGGACUCUCCCCCAUCCCAACCCCCCUCCCCCCACCUUCCCACAUUCCUUCUUUCCCUCCCUACCUUCCGGGCCUACGUUGGUGUGUGAGGGUUUGUGGCGUGUGGCAGGACGCGACAGCGGAGGACUGACGGGGCAGUCUUGUGUUUUGUGUGAUGUUAUGUGUGGGCCAGCGGGCACCUGCUGAGGAUGCGUAGAGUACCCCAGGGUAUGCAGGCAUGGCACAGGUCCCGUUCCAGGUCGAGGGACAGGUACAGGUCAAGGUCACGAAGUGGGAGUCGGAGGCGUCAGCGAAGCCGGAGCCGAGACGGGCGGAGGAACCAUCGGAGCCGCAGCAGGGAGAGGAGCCGCGAGAGAGACCGCAGCCGUGAGCGGGGCAGGAGGAGCAGAGACAUGGAGAGGGAGAGGAGCAGGGAUAAAGACAGGAGGAGCAGGGAUAGAGAGAGGGAGAGGAGGAGUCGAGAGAGGGACCGUAGCAAGGAGAAGGAGCGCGAUCGAAGCAGGGAUAGGGAUAAUGCGAAGGGCAGGGACAGGGAUAGGAGCAGCAGAGACAAAGACACAAGUAGUAGGGAUAGAGAGAAAAGGUCAAGUGGAGGAGGUCGGGAUAGAGAGAGGAGCAGCAGAGAGGAGAAGGAGAGAAGCAGCAGAGAGGAAGAGAAGGAGAGAAGCAGCAGGGAGAGAGAGAAGGAGAGAAAUAGCAGGGAGAUAGAGAGAAGUAGCAGAGAGAAAGAGAGGGAGAGAAGUGGCAGAGAGGAUAGGCGGAGAAGCAAGGAAGAAGACAGUAGAAAGAGAGGGGAAGGGAAGGAAAAGAGGGAAAGGGAUGAGGAUAGAACCAGCCGAGAAAGGAGAAGCGAAGAUAGAACCAGCCGAGAAAGGAGAAGCGAGGAUAGAACCAGCCGAGAAAGGAGUGCGGCAAGAGACGGGAGCGAAGAUAGGGAACAAGUUGAGGAGAGGAGACGGGAUGAGAAGGCGUCCAGCCCAGCAGAGAAAGAUCAAAGAAGAGAGGAGGAAAGGAGGGAAGAGAGGAUGAGCGUUGAUAGUGAGGAAAGGAAAAGCCAAGAGAGAAAUACGGAGCGAGAGAGAAAUGCCGAGCGAGAGAGAAAUGCCGAGCGAGAGAGAAAUGCCGAGCGAGAGAGAAAUGCCGAGCAAGAGCGUGACCAGAAGAUGGAGUCUGAGCCCGAUGGAGAGGAUGAGCCUCUUGAGAGGGAUAGACAGAACAGAGAAACAAGAAGGCAAAGUGUGGACUCAGAUGAUGAAGAGAAGGACGACAGAAAAGAGCGGGAACAGCAGAACAAGGAUGGAAGCAGUAGCGAAGAGGAGAGAGAGACGAAUGGGCUGAAGAAGAGUGCCUCGGAGGAACGACGAGGGAGGAGCAGAGAGUCUGAGGAUGAUGGCGUGAGGGAAACAGAGCGAAGAAGGAGCAAAGGGGACAGUGAAGAACGGGGGGAUCAGCGGAGGUCGAGCAGGGGGAAGCAGGAAGUAGACGAAAGCGACGAUGGCGAUGGCGGUGACCGAGUCAGAGCUCGGAGCGCCAGCUCGGACAGCGACAGGGAUAGUAAAGCUAGGGGUAAAAGGAAAAGCGGAAGUCCGGUGCAGGCCAAAAGGAGUAGCAGGGCCCGAACUGACUCUGGACGUCGAGACAGCCACAGCAGGUCGCCGUCGCCAGUACGAAAGAAAACAAGAUCGUCUGAAAGGCGCAAGAGUCAGCGAGGAAAGAGAGCUGGUGACAGCGACUGAAGCACGUGAUCAUGGGAAGGAUGCAGGACUGAAACCAGCUGUAUUGAGAACUUACCUGAAGCUCCUUUUGUUUUACCCAUCUUUUAGAUUUGUUCACUACUGCUAUCCCUACUUUGUGAUGUAGAGGUCUAAUGAUAAUAAUAAUAAUAGUUCGGCCGUCAGUUUUCCGACGUUGAGCAAUGCAUUUGCAGAGAAUAGUAUUUCUAUAAAUGCGAAAUAAGGGUUAAGAUGACUUGUAGCUUCUGCUAUGGUCAAUGAGACCAGUUCUGGCAGAGAAGACUCUGGGGAUGCAUUGACUAAGAUAUUGACUGUAUACUGUAUGACACUAACAAUAAUAAUACGGUAAUAACGAUAGAUUGCAUUGAUAUAGUGCUCUGUCACAGUACAUGUAUAUAUAUAUACAACAAGCAUAAGCUCUGAACGCUUUAUAUGAAUGACAUGAUUACUGAGAGUAAAACCUCUUACAGUACAGUUAACUUGCAAAUGAGGAAAAUCAUUUUGUGUAAAUUAUAAGAAAACCAGUUCAACCACAUGAGGAAGAACUUUCUCAGCCAUACAUUAAUGAGCGCUUUACAUCGAUAGCAUGAUUACUGAGAGUAAAACCUCUUACUCGUCAGGAUUAUCGUUUCGUAUAAACAAGAAAUCCAGUUCAAUCUCAUAAGGAAGAACUUUUCUCUGUCAUGCAUUGAUCAUAUAAUGUAUACUUAUACAUACACAUCAGGACAGCAGUAAAAACAAGACACACCAGUGUCAGUCUGCUUACUACACCUCACAUCCAUCCUGGCCACCUGCUUGAGCCAUGUUUUAUAGGCUGAAAAUAUACUGCCUCGCUCAACAGAAGUACGCCGCGAAAAAAUCAUGCCCUCCUCUUUAUUUCCUAUCGGUGAUUUCACUGACACUUGACAUGACUAGGCGUGAGGAGUCGUGAGGACCGAAAAAGACAUGCGUGUGUGCCCCACUUUUUUUUUGCGUGCGGACAGGCUCACCCUGCUAUCAACUAUCAGAGUGUUCUGCGAUGCCUUGGAGAUGAAUCAAAGGGGGGGGGGGGCGACCACGGAGCUGUAAACGCCUGCUCAGCGCCAUUUUUUUACACAGUCAGACAAUAUCUAUGGGAUCACCACUUCCGACCCAGCUACACGUUCGUUUCGCGGCGCACUUCAGUUGUGCGUGGCGGUAUAUUUCCAGCCUAAAGUGACAGGCGCUAUGUUGUAAUGGAGGGUUGGAAAAUUUCUCCACUUUCUUCAAUAGUCCCUUGUGACGAUAUAACUAAUUCCAUCAUAGUGAAACACUGCUUCUUUCUUUCAGCAUUGCUGCCAAUUUGCUCCUUUUUUAAUCAAAUUAAAAUGCUACUUUUUCUGUUUUGGACAAACCGUUACAUCUCAUGUUUUAAAUUACCAUUAUUCGUCAUUAGCACAAUUCCUCCCCCUUCAUAGCCUUAUAUGGGCUGCCUCACCUAUUUUAACAAAUGUGCAUCUUACAAUUUAAGAAAGAAUUGUAUAUUCAAUUAUCUUUUCCUGUAUCUUUUUGUAGUCAGUAGUCUUGUCAAUGGCUUCAACAGGAAAAAGGCAACGCUGGGUUUCGUACUGUUUUUUGCGAGACGGAAACUUACCCCAGAAGAUAAGUUGGGGUUUUGUUGAGAUCUGGAGCGACUUCUGUGCGUCAAGUUAGUUUAGGUUGCACAGCUUUGCUACAGUUGUGCCAGAAUUAUCAAGGCUCUGUUCAUGCUCAACUGUCAGCUUUCACAGACUAGAGUGUGAAAGGUAACCUUGUGGUUGAUAGAAUUGGUUGCUUUCAA